UUAUUUUUAUUUUACGGAGGAAACAAAUCAGUGGAGUAUGGACUGAAACUCAAGGCAGUUGAGUGAGUGAGGAAUCGAGUUCCACCUGCAAAUCAGACUCAGUUCCUUUGACCUCCUUCCUUCCUUCCAAGGGCGCCGCUCUCCCAUCCGGACCAUCUUUUCAUCUUCUUGCAAGCAAGCAAUUCGACGCCGCCGUUAGCAUCGAGAUUGGGAGGGAGGGAGGGAGCCAUGGAAUUCGUCGAGGAGACCAAGAAGAGAUCCCUGACGGUCGCCCCCUUCGAGUGCGCCUGGGGCGAGGAGCUUCGCUUCCGGGAGCCCGGCCGUGGCUGCGUCUCCUUCGAGGCAUCCGCCCACAACGACGUCACCCUGGUGUUCCGCCACCACCCCGGGAGCCACCACUACCACUACAAGAUGGACACCAGCCGCCACUACACUGUCAUCCUGGGUAGCCACAGGAACAAGCGCCUCAGGAUCCAGGUCGAUGGAGCCACCGUUGCUGAUGUCGCCGCCCCCGGCCUGUGCUGCUCCAACUCCUUCCAGGCCUUCUGGAUCACCAUCUGCGACGGCCUAAUCACCAUCGGCCAAGGAAGGCACCCCAACACCAACCUCCUCUUCCAGUGGCUCGAUCCCGAUCCCAACCCAGAUGUUCAGUACGUCGGCCUAUCCAGCUGGGACAAGCACGUAGGCUAUAGGAACAUAAGCAUUCUCCCAGCAGCUCCCCAGUACAGCAUACUUUGGACCCAAAAGUUGUUAUGCUGUGGGAAACCAGGCACGGCAGAUGACUCCGACCAGAGGCUGCUUGCAGACUUUCUCGAGAGCUGGGACUUGUCUGAUGCUGUAUUUGUGGUUGGCACCGAAAGGAAGCUUGUCCCUGCACACAGAAUUGUCCUCUGUGCUUCUGGAGAUUUCCCUUUUCAAAUAGCGGACCAUGGAGCUACCAUCCAACUUCCAUCAGUAUCCUACCCACUUCUCCACUCCCUUCUUGAGUAUAUCUACACAGGUUCUACACAGAUUGCUGAAUGUCUACUAAGUUCCCUGCUGGAGUUGAGCUCGCAUUUUAAAGUCAAACCAUUGAUCAAAUGUUGUGAAGAAAUCAUCGACUGUUCGGGAGUGGAUAAGAAACUUUCAGAGUCCGGCAAAAUCUUAAAAUUAUCAAGUAGCGGAUUCCAGCAAGAUCAUAAAUUUGGUUCCUUCCCUCUCAAGGACCCAGUGGAUGCGCAGAAAAUUGGACAGUUCCUUGCAAAUGGCAAACAUAGUGAUAUAAAUAUCUAUGUUAAUGGACACGGUCUUGUUGCCAAGGCUCACAAGCUUAUCCUUAGCCUGUGGAGCGUGCCGUUUGCAAAGAUGUUCACAAACGGGAUGAAGGAAAGUAGUGCCUCCGAUGUAUUUUUCAAAGAUGUUCCUCCUGAAGCAUUCUUUCUCCUCCUUCAGUUUAUGUACAAUGGGGAACUUAAGGUGGAUACCCAGGAUAUUACAUCAGUGCUGGUGCAGCUGCUUCUAUUAUCAGAUCAGUUCGCCAUCACUGUUCUUCAGUUUGAAUGCUGUAAACGAAUAAUGGAAUGCCUUUCAGAGGACACAGUAUGUUCAGUCUUACAGGCAGUUUCAUCAAUCCCAUCUUGUAAACUGCUUGAAGAAGUAUGCAAGAGGAAUUUUGCUACACACUUUGAUUAUUGCACAACUGCUUGCACGGACUUUGUGUUGUUAGAUGAGGCAACAUUUAAGGAUAUUCUUCAGCAUGGCGAUAUGACGGUAACAUCGGAAGAGAGGGUUCUGGAUGCCAUCUUAACCUGGUGUAUGGGGACUUGUGAAACUUUUUACUGGACUUCAGUAGAUAAGCUCUUGAGAACUUCAACACCUGAGCAACUCUUUGGAGAGAGGCUUUCCGCCAUCGAUACUUUACUACCGUUUGUGAGGUUCCCUUUGAUGCAGCUGUCCAUGCUAAAGAGGAUGGAGAUAAGUAAUCUGGCGAACCACAUACAAGUAUUCAGACAGCUGGUUGCAGAAGCAAUUGAGUUCUCUCAUGCCGGACAAUGGACACCGACAUCAUAUGAGUGCGAGAGAUUUCAGCACAGGCGCUCGAGCUAUAAAGAGCUCCAGUAUAUCUCUGAUGGUGAUAGCAAUGGCGUUAUCUACUAUGCCGGAACAUCAUUUGGGAAACACCAGUGGAUGAAUCCUGUAUUAGCCAAGAAUAUCACUGUGGUGGCAAGCAGCCCAAAUUCGAGGCACACGGAUCCGAAGGCUUUGGUUUCGAAGAAUUACCAGGGGACUUGCUUUGCUGGGCCUUGUAUUGAAGAUGGCAAGAAGAUUUCUUGGUGGAUGGUAGACAUCGGACAGGACCACCAGCUGAUGUGCAACUACUACACGGUGAGGCAGGAUGGCUCCACAACCUUCAUGAGGUCCUGGGUUCUUCAGGGAUCCAUGGACGGUCGGAACUGGACGAGCCUCCGCGUCCACGAGGAGGACGCGACCAUUUGCCAUCCCGGGCAGUUCGCGUCGUGGCCCGUCGUGGGCCCGCCGGCCCUGCUGCCCUUCCGGUUCUUCAGGGUGGCCCUGACGGGCCCGGCCGCGGGCGGCAGCGUCUCCAACGCGUGGAACCUCUGCAUUUGCUUCCUGGAGCUCUACGGCUACUUGCGCUAACUAGAUUAUAUUACUCCUUUUAUACAAUAUACACACACAUGUAUGCUACCUUUUUAUUUGCUCGAUCUGUACUCUACUCACCGUGUAUACGAGAUUAUAUAUUGCUUGCAGCUUGCUUGAAUUAAAACAUACUUAUUAAUUAUUUGUUUCAAGA